AUGAGGAAUUAUUUUUUAUACAGAAAAACACCUUUAUUUCGUUUUUUUACAACAGUUUCUAAAAUAUCAAAAGAUGAAACAAAGCUAUCAAUAACUAAAGAAGAUAUUUCAAAAAAAAAAAAACAUCCAGAUACAAGAAUACCGCCUAAAGUUGGCUUUGAAGGAGAUGUAAACCCUGAAACAGGCGAAAUUGGAGGCUAA